CUGUACCCUGCAAGGUUUGCCUUUGUGUUUUGACCCCUAGUUUUUCAGACAACAGAUAGCAGAGCCUACUGAAGAGAAAGUUGUCACAAAACUGCAUGCCCACCCACACCUUCAGCACCUAACUAUGUCCGUCACUGGAUAAAAUAUAGAUAUUGGGUGUAAUGGAAGCGGGUUCCCGGUUAUUGCUUUAAUUGCGGUUCUAUGAAUGAGCUUUUGCAUUGUUUCCUGAGUGGAUCAAAAGACUGUUUUGUAACUCUACUGCUUCUUUUACUGACUCUGAAACACAAUAUUGUCCGAUAUAACAUCACCUGUUGAGUGCUUUAAGUUCUACAUUCUGCGUAAAGGGUUAUACUAAACUCCUAAUAAUUCAGUCAUGGACGCAAAGAUUUUCUUUGUUCAGUUUGAGGAGUUCAAUAGAUAGACAGGUACCAUCUGAAUGUUGAAGAUAGCUGAUGACAUGGUGUGAGGGGGUGGUUAGGUUAGCUGCUGCUGGGGCUUUGGAAACUGGGUGACUUCAUCUCUCUACUCUCUCUGUGUAAAAACAUACCAACUUGUGUCUCAACUUUCAAUUGAGUGUUGUGUUUCUGGCUAGAUCUACCUUUCCUUUGUGCAGCUCUUUCUCUAGAAAUACAGUGGGCUUACACAGGCACUGAAACAGCUUGUUUCUCCCACUGACUUGACAUUGUUCACUUUAACUAUGGCUCUUUCUAUAGUUACUGUGUUUUCAUUACUGGUGAGGUAGGUUCACUUUCACUAUGAAUCUUUCUCUAGGUACUGUGUUUUCAUUGCUGGUGAGGUAGGUUCACUUUCACUAUGAAUCUUUCUCUAGUUACUGUGUUUUCAUUACUGUUGAGGUAAGUGCACUUUCACUAUGAAUCUUUCUCUAGUUACUGUGUAUUCAUUACUGGUGAGGAAAGUUCACUUUCACUAUGAAUCUUUCUCUAGUUACUGUGUAUUCAUUACUGGUGAGGAAAGUUCACUUUCACUAUGAAUCUUUCUCUAGUUACUGUGUAUUCAUUACUGGUGAGGAAAGUUCACUUUCACUAUGAAUCUUUCUCUAGGUACUGUGUUUUCAUUGCUGGUGAGGUAGGUUCACUUUCACUAUGACUCUUUCAGAGUGAAGUGCCUUAGUCCGAAUGUUUAGCGCCUCGCCGAAGUGAAGCACACCGACAGUCAUGUACAGCACUAUCAGAACAACAAGAGAGACACAACACUACAUGUACAGCACUAUCAGAACAACAAAAUGCCUAGUAACCCUAUCAUUCAAUUAAACCCAUGUUCUCCCCAUGUUUCCCUUUCCAACAGAUGAGGAGCUGUACAUUCAACAGGCUGUGGUCCUCAACGAAGAUGCUGUACAUUUAGGAAUAACUUGCUAUUUUCCACCAUGAGCUGCUUUUUAAAUACAGUUUCUGUACAUUACUUUGUUUAUCAACACUUUUGUAGUACAUUUGUUUACAUUCCUUAUAGUAGUAGUAUCGAUCUAUCAACCAUCACAUGGACCCAAGAUCAAUAGGACUUUACAGAUGGGGCCUGAAUGUGGUGAUAUUUGUCAUCCUGGCCCUGGCCUUCAUUGCGAGGCCCUCCUCCCUGUCUGUGACUUCUGGCCUGUGUUCUAAACACACCCUCUGGGAACCCCCAUGUGGCCUCACCAAGGGCAUCGAGAUCAUCUGCCUUCUCAUAUUCACGUUCCACCUCAUCGUUAAGAGGUUCCUGAUACGUCAUGAGGAGUUUUUGAAGUGUAAAUGGCUGGUGGGCUACAUGGUGGUCAUCUCAGUGUCUGUCACUGACCGGACCUUGACCUUGAACAUGGCUUGUGAUGACACUAUGAGAAUCAGAAAACUUCUUCGGCCAUUUUCCUCUUCACAACUCAUAAUUGAUGAAGAAGACGUUGAAAUGCAUCAAAAGAACAAUACCAGAAAUAACAAGGUAAUGGUAUUGAAUUGAGUCAAAUGAUUAGUGAAUACAGAAAUGCAUAAGGUCCUUCAUUUUGGCUGACUAUAGGGCUUUCUUCUUCUCUCCAGUUUGAUCUUAGUAGUGGUUCUCCACCUUUGUGUCUUCACCAUGUUUGGAAUGUUGCUAUUCACAAAGGGAGAGGUACAGUAACAUCCCCAGUACCUGUUUAUUGAUUGGAUAGUGUGAACAUUACUAUAAUUGUCACGCCCUGACGUGUGAGAGACGUUUUAUUUCCUCUAGUUUGGUUAGGUCAGGGUGUGACAUGG